AUGCAUGGAGCAGAAAUAGACAGUAUCGAUCUAAUAUUACACGACGAUCUGCUUUACGCCACAUGCAGCACAGUGACGUCACUCGCUCACGCCCACGCGCAUCAAGGAAGAGAUGAUCAAGAGACUGCAUCAGUUGCGAGGUCGGACAUCGGAAAAGAAUCUAAUUUUCAGGUCGGCAAGAAACUUGGCACAGGGGGACAGGGUACAACUUUCCUUGCAGUCGAUAAGAGAACAAAUCAGCAAGUCGUCCUAAAGAAAGUGUUUUGCACUGGACUCUCUGAAACAAACCGAGCGAUAGAGGAAGCUGUCAUGCUCUCACGACUGAAACAUCCUCGAGUUGUGGCUUACAGCGAAGUAUAUCUUGGGUCAGAAGAAAGCAAGGGCAACUAUGUCGGGAUUGUGAUGGAGUAUUGCUCUGGAGGAGAUUUGUAUCAUAUGCUUUGCAAACAACGAACUAAGAAGAAACCAUUGAGCGUGAGACGCGUGAAAAUGUGGAUCUUGCAGAUGUGCGAGGCCAUUGCUUUCUUGCAUACACAGAAUGUCGUACACCGGGAUAUGAAGCCCAUGAAUGUGCUUGUUGAUAACAACGGUGACCUCAAGAUUGCUGAUUUUGGUCUUGCGAGGCAAGGUGUGACAGCAACGAAACUGAUCUCAACUCAAUGCGGAACCCCAGGAUAUGAAAGUCCUGAAGUUCAAUUGGGUCAGUCGUACGGGUUCAAGACAGACAUCUGGGGUCUUGGUUGUAUUGUAUGUGACAUGACGACUCUGAAGUUCAUGCAUGAAAGACCAGGAUCUCUUGCAACUCAAGUUCAAGUUGAUCCGAAGGCAAUAGUGAAAGUAAUUCAGCCUGUGUCGGAGCUGUACGGGCCAGAUAUUCAUUCUUUGCUUGCUUCGAUGCUGCAGUCAGACCCCAAGCAGCGACCUUCGGCAAGUGAAAUACUUGAAAUGAAAUUCUUG